AUGCCCUUUUACCAGCUGCUAUGCAUAUCCACUCAUUAUUCUGAAUUCAAAUUCAUCCGCACGCUUGUGAAAACAUCUGCUAUGCAGGUUUUCAAUGCUGGAGGCGUCGUUAGAGAUAUUCGAUUCCUCGGAACACGCAUUUUGCCCGCGAGAAUGAAGCGACAUACUCGCCCGCAAACAUUGGGAGACUAUUGGGUUAUGCAUUUCGAUGCCAAUCCAAAGAUUAUGCAAGACCUCGAAGCCCGUCUACGACAGGAUCCGACGGUGCUGAGAUGGACGACACUAAAGCUCGGCUCGAGCCUGAUGAAGAGUGUACAGCAUCCUUCACAAACCGAAUUCGAGAGAUCGAAGCCCGGCGAGGUGCUCAACUACUUUUCACCAACAAGCCGAUAA